UGACAAAUCACACCCAUUUGGUUUGCUGUGUUCAGUGACUGAAAAGCUAUCAAAAGACAGCCAACUACUUUGGUCAAAUCGCUUGACGUGAAUCGUCUAUAAUGGACUACCAACAUGUUCUGGUCUAUUUCAUGUGGACUUUCACUGCAGUUUCUGCAGAAGAUGUGAAAUAUUUCCUGACGGGUCAGGACAUACACUUCAUGCCAUCCAUCUCUGAACGACCUAUUGAAUCUAUCUGGGUACAUAAUGACAAUGAUGUGGUAUGGUUUACUGGCACGGAGGACUAUGUGCCUUCUUCAUACAAGAACAGAAUCACUCUGGACCGAGUCUCUGCAGAACUCACCAUCAAAAACGCCACAUAUGAAGACAGUGGAGACUAUCUCCUAGAAAUGAACAUAAACAACGAACCUCGUACUUUGCUGUAUAGAAUUGAAGUUAUAGACAAAGUAUCCAAACCCAACAUAUCCUGUGAGAUGAGCGACACAAAGCAGGCGACACUUGUGUGCUCAACAGAGUCCAAACAUCCUCAUUUAUUAAAGUUGAAGUGGAGCUCACCAGGAAAGGAGCAGACUGGACCAAAUUUAACAAUAACUGUCAGGAAUGAAGAUGAUGAUCAAGUUUAUCGUUGUGAUGUCAGCAACCCUCUGACCAAUGAAACGGCUUCAUUCACCGCUAAGGACUGCUUCCUGGGUAAAAGAUCAGAGGCUCGACGGAUUUUCAUCCUAAACUGUACCUUCAUUCUGGUCAUCAUCUGUUGUUGUAUUUUUUACAUCAAACGUCAAUAUCUAAAAGUGUCCAAAGAGUGGGAUGAAAUGACAUCCUUCUAAGACAAAGUACUCACUCUUCCCGCCAAUCAGAAUAAAAAAAUAAAAAAGCGGAAUUCAGGAUUGAACGUGUUGACUGAGGAUAAGGAGAUGGAUUCAGAAGGAGCCAUGCUACUCACUGCUUCUGUUCAUGCACGUCAUUCCUCUUCAACACGCUUAAACUCAAUCACUGGGAGGGGGGAGUCUGCAUACAGAAAUGAGGGUACUGUGUAGCACUGAACACCACAAAAACCAAGGAACUCAUCUUUGACGUCAGGAAAAACACCGCCCAUUUCUACAUCAACGGUUGGGAGGUGGAGAGAGUCAGCUCUUUCAGGUUCCUCGGCACCCCCAUAUCUGCUGACCUCUCCUGGACCCCAAAUACAACUGCGGUCAUCCGGAAGGCCCAGCGGAGACUCCACUUCCUGAGGGUGCUGAGGAAGAAAAAACUGGAUGGUGACCUUCUAUCGCUCGGCUGUCGAGAGCCUGCUGACGUACUGCAUAAGAGUGUGGUACGCCAGCCGCACUGAAGCAGACAAAAAGGCAAUUCAGAGGGUCAGAAACUCUGAAAAAAAAAAUAAUCGGCUGACCCCCUGCCUUCACUGAAGGAUUUACACAACUCCCGUUGCCUCAACAAAACAAAACAAAACACAUUACCAAGGACAGCACACACCCUGGCUUCCACCUGUUCCACCUGCUACCACCAGGCAGGCGCUACAGGUGCAUCAGAGCCAGAACAAACAGGCUCAGAGACAGCUUCACUAUCUUGAACUUAACCUUAUAAUAAAUGAUUCACCCCUACACAGCAUCCUACCCUGAUACCCUACUGUGCAAUAUUACCCUUUGAGUGCAAUACGUCCGACACCGAUUGUCAUUACUUAUUACUCCAAUACUCUUGUUUUGCUCUGUAUAUUGUACAGUAUUGUGUAUAUUGUUUUGUAUAUUGUACAGGAUUGCUUAUUUUUUCUGUAUUGGAUGGUAGUCUGUUUAUUUCAAUUCCUAUUUUGCAUCUUUAUUACUUCUUAUGUGAUUUAUUUUCAUUCCAUAUUUCUUCCCACUGCCACAUCUUAAGUUGGAGUCCUUAAUCUCAUUAUAUGCAAAUAUAAUGACAAUAAAGUCCAUUCUAUUCUAUUGUAACCCCUGUGCCACCGUGCAUCAACUUACAAUAUUCUAACAUCCCUCCCCAGAAGAAUAGGCCAUUUUCCACAAGGAACUUUUUCAGGAACUUUCCCACUUACCCGAGUACAUAAAGUGUAGUAGAUGAAUGAAUGAAUGAUGGAGUCUCACUUCUCUGUGAAGCACUUCGAGUGUCAAGAAACACGCUACUGUAUAUAAAUCUAAUCCAUUAUUAAAGCUUAUUUACCUGAUGUUGUAUACUUUUACUAUCUACAUUAAAUAUCCACGAAAUGUAAUAUAAAUAUAACAUCUCAGAUUAUAUUUGUCAUUUCAGAGCCAGGACUAUUUCCUGAGCUCUGUCAUAUAAAUUUAAAUUGAAGGUCAUUAAAUGUGUCAUGCUGUAGAUUUCAGUGUUUGUUUAUUAAGUUUCUAUUAGAAAUAUGAUGUACAGUAUCAUAUACAUUAACAUGACAGAUCAUGUACAUUUGUGAUGUAAUCAAAUAAACUGAUGUCUGACGCUCA